AUGGCGUCACACAGUCGGUUGACGGUAAAUGACAUAAUUUUGUAUUUAGAAGAUGAUGAUGAUGUACUGGAAGCUGACGUAUAUAUAACUCCCCCGGAAAAUUUUGAUAAGAGGGACGAAGAGAGUGGUAAUGAAGAAUCUACUGAUAUCAACUGCUUGUCUCGGCAUCAGUUAUUAGCAGCCCAACUUAGAGUCAAGGUAUCUGUAGCGGGGCGGAUAGCCGAAAUACAUCAGCAAGAAUCCCAAGAGGAACAGCCCACCCCAAGCACUUCAUAA